GGACCUCCGUGAGAGUGCGCGCGUUGCUAGCUGCUCAAGGGGUUCUUUGGGUUUUUUUCUUCUUUCGGCACUUCCAACCUCAUUCCUCAAUAUGAAGGCGCUGAGCCCGGUGCGCGGCUGCUACGAGGCGGUGUGCUGCCUGUCGGAACGCAGCCUGGCCAUCGCGCGGGGCCGCGGCAAGAGCCCGGCAGCUGAGGAGCCGCUGAGCCUGCUUGACGACAUGAACCACUGCUACUCGCGUCUGCGGGAACUGGUACCCGGAGUCCCGCGAGGCACUCAGCUUAGCCAGGUGGAAAUCCUGCAGCGCGUCAUCGACUACAUCCUCGACCUUCAGGUGGUCCUGGCCGAGCCCGCUCCUGGACCCCCAGACGGCCCGCAUCUUCCCAUCCAGACAGCCGAGCUUGCUCCGGAACUUGUGAUCUCCAACGACCAAAGGAGCUUCUGCCACUGACCUGGACGUCCUGGCGCCUCCAGAACGCAGGUGCUGGCGCCCGUUCCGCCUGGGACCCGGGACCCUCUACGGCCGGAAGCCCGAGGGCAUGGAUGGGCCCCAACCUCGCCCUGCCCACUUGACUUCCCCAAACCCCUGCCUCGAGGCUGGACCUGCGCCCGGGAGCGAAGGACUGUGAACUUGGGUGGCCUAAAGAGCCAGAGCUAGCUCUGGGCACCAGCUGGGCAACCUCCCCCAGCCCUCACCCCACCCCCAAGUUUAAAGACUGUCUUUCAGUGUGUGGAGGUGUAUGGGGGGCGGGGCUGGCUGCUCUCCAAACUCUGGCAAGGCAGCGGUAGAGCUGGUCUUCUGGUCUCCUUGGAGAAAGGCUCUGUUGCCCUGAUUAUGAACUCUAUAAUAGAGUAUUUAGCUUUUGUACCUUUUUUGCAGGAAGGUGACUUUCUGUAACCAUGCGAUGUAUAUUAAACUUUUUAUAAAAGUUAACAUUUUGCAUAAUAAACGGUUUUUAAACA